AUGAUACUUCUUGCCUUGUCGGUCGUCUCCCGUCGUCCCGGGGCGGGUGCCUUUCGAUCAGUCUUCCCCAACACCGCACGGGCGCGACGUUCUCGUUCUCUGCGAUGGGAGGGCUCUUCUUCUACGGAUAGUACUACUCCUACCGAAGUGUCCGACGACAAGUUCGCCGCCUUUCGCAACCGUAACAACCGGGACGAUCAAGUCUUUUCCGCCAUGUCCGGUGACGGCGGCAUCAAGGUCACCGCCGCGACCGUCCGGAAUCUACUCAACGAUAUAUCGCUGCAACACACCAUGACGGCCACUCCCACCGACGCGAUGGGACGGACCGUCACUUGCGGCUUACUCCUAGCCAACGGUAUUCAGGAUGAACAAAUCGUCCAAAUCACCAUGAACGGCGACGGUCCCAUUCGCGGUAUCGUGGCCAUUGCCUCCGGUACGGGUCAAGUACGAGGGUACGUCGGGAGUCCGGGUUUGGGAGAAAUGUCACUGACGGACGCUGUCGGUAAGGGCAGCGUCCAGAUUGUUAAGAAUCACCCCGACUGGCCGAGACCCUACAAUGGUAUUACGGCCAUUCGACACGGAGACAUCGAUCGGGAUAUCGGAAUUUAUUUGGCCGAAAGUGAACAGCGCUCGUGUGCCUUGGCGGCCGCGACCGCCAUGAACGGAAUUUUGUGCACAGCGGCGGGCGGCUAUUUAAUUGAACAAUUGCCGGGUGUCGAACCGGAAACCAUUGCCCGGGUGGAACAGAAUCUCGCUAAAUUAGUACAAAAGGAUGGUGGAGACGAGCUCCCGGCGAACUUGUUGCUGAGCGGUGUAACGCCUCUGGACAUGGCCGCGAUUAUUCUGGAUGGCUUGGACAUGCAACCGUUACAGCAGAUCAAACCCGGACUGGUGUGCCACUGCACCGAAGACCGACUCUUCCGGUCGUUGCGGCUACUAUCCAAAGAAGAGGUCGACGAUAUUUUGGAAAAGGAGGAGCAGAUCGAAGCACGAUGCCAAUUCUGUGGCAAGGUAUACCGCAUGGGUGCUCCCGAAAUUCGGGAUAGGCUGGCCGCCGCCAAAGGAGAUCCGUCCAAAGAAGAUGUGGGUGAAUAA